AUGACGGAUGCCAUACAGUUAUAUAAUCAGCCAGUGGUAUUCGACAAUGGUUCUGCGGUGAUCAAAGCCGGCUUUUGCGGCGAAGAACGACCCAAAUGCUUGGAAUAUUCGAUGGUUGGCGAUGCUACUCACACUAAAGCUACAUCAGGAGGUUUGGCUCAUGAUACAUAUGUUGGAAAUAAGGCACAGAACUUGAGAGGUCUUUUAAGGCUGCGAUAUGCAGUGGAACGUGGAGUAGUCUCCAGCUGGGACGAUAUGGAACUCAUAUGGUCGCAUGUCUUGUAUGAUUCCCUGCAACUUGAGAAUAGAAACGAACAUCCUUUGCUAAUGACUGAAGCACCGCUGAAUCCGCAUUCCAAUAGGGAGAAGAUCUAUGAAGUUCUCUUCGAGAAGUUCAAUUUUCCAGCAAUUUGCGUUUCCUUGCCAGCGGUAUUGUCUCUUUAUGCCAGCGGCAGUACCACUGGAUGCGUUCUUGACUGCGGCGAUGGAUACUGUAGCUCAGUUUCUAUCUACAAAGGGUAUACUCUCUCGUCGACUAUUCGAAGAACCAACCUGGGCGGCAGAGACAUCACAGAGCAGUUGCAAUAUCACAUACGAAGUGAGUCGGGACCUUGGCUAUUCUCCAGCAGUGAACGUGAGAUGGUUCGCAUAAUGAAAGAGAAAGGCUGCUACAUCUCGCCCGACCCUCGCAAGGAAGCAGAAGACUACCAAUUUGGUAGUGAUCAGUUGAGCAAAAAGUUCAAAUUACCCGAUGGCAAAGUACUGGCACUCAAGGAGAGCCAAUUUAGGGCGCCAGAAAUCCUUUUCCGACCAGACAUCACAGGUAUCGAAGAAGAUGGACUACCUGAGAUGGUCUUGCACAGCAUCUCGAAUGUAGAUCUUGAGCUGCGGCCCGAGCUCCUGUCCAAAAUCGUCCUCAGCGGGGGAUCUACAAUGUUUCCUGGAUUCGGUCAGCGGAUGCUGAAGGAGCUGCAAGGUUUGACUCACAAGAAGGCGAACAUUAGACUGAUAGCGCCUCCCGAAAGAAAAUACUCCGCAUGGAUAGGCGGGUCUGUUUUGGCGAGCUUAACUACGUUCAACAGGAUGCUGACGACUCAGUCCGACUGGCAGGAUAAUGGCUCAAAGAUUCUUUUUGAUUACCAAUGA